AUGCCUCGCCGAUCGGGGCGGAACACUGAUACCCAAGUUACGGAAACAAACUCCACCGAGGCUGUCGUAUCCCCGAAGAAAGGACGGGUAUUAGUGAAGGUUGAAGCUGCAGCAGAGGUUGUCACCAAGGUCGAGGAGCCCUCACCAGCCAAAAGUCUGAGGAAGAAGGUCAAAGCAGAGAUUGCUUCGGAAAGCGAGAGUCUCGAUACCGCCCCGAAAGCCCUCGCCGAUAUAAAGACCAAACAGAAGGCUCCGAAACGUAAAGCGAAGACGGAGGACGGCGACGAAGACGAAGACGCGCAUGACAAAAAGACCCCAAAGAAGCGGAAGACCAAGGGAGAAAAGGAAGCUGAAGCUAUGCCAUUAGCCGUACGGACAGUAAUUGCAACCUUGAAGCAUGCGAUGCACAUCGGGGCUCAUGUCAGCGGUGCGGGGGGCGUCCACAACUCGGUGAACAACGCCCUUCAUGUUGGCGGUAACGCCUUCGCCGUUUUUCUCAAAUCCCAAAGGAAAUGGAGCAGUCCACCUCUCGCCGCCGAAGCACGCGACCAAUUCAAAGCCAUGUGUUUAGAACACAAGUACGAUGCAGCGAAGCAUGUCCUGCCACACGGCUCCUACCUUGUCAACCUUGCCCAAGCCGACCCCGAGAAGGCUGAGCAAGCAUAUACGUGUUUCCUGGAUGAUCUACAACGGUGUGAAGAGCUUGGGAUCAAGUUGUACAACUUCCACCCGGGCAGCGCCGGAGCUCAUCCCCGACCCGAGGCCAUUGCACGUAUCGCCGCCCAACUGAACAAGGCGCAUAAGGCAACCAAAAACGUGGUCACAGUGCUCGAGAACAUGGCGGGAAGUGGCAAUGUAAUUGGCUCAACGUGGGAGGACCUUCGGGAUAUAAUCGCUCUAAUUGACGAUAAGUCCCGAGUUGGUGUUUGUAUUGAUACCUGCCAUUCAUUUGCUGCAGGAUACGAUCUACGGUCACCUGAAGCUUUCAAGCAGACGAUGGAUAGCUUUGCGUCCAUUGUCGGCAUGCCGUAUCUAAAAGCCCUCCAUCUCAACGAUAGCAAGGCACCGUUUGCAUCCAACCGUGACUUGCAUGCCAAUAUCGGAACUGGUUUCCUAGGCCUUCGAGCUUUCCAUAAUGUCAUGAACUUUGCGCCUUUUCAACACCUGCCAAUGGUCCUCGAGACACCAAUAGAUAAGAAAGGGCCUGACGGCAAGACUGUCGAAGACAAGGGGGUAUGGGCCACCGAAAUAAAACUGUUAGAGGGACUCAUUGGCGCCGACGCGGAGAGUGAGGCUUUCAAAAAGGAAGAGCAGAGGCUGCUGGAUCUCGGAGCGGAGGAGCGGAAGAAAUUUCAAGGUCAGGUGGACAAGAAGAAGCAGAAGACCCUUGACUCAAUGUUGAAGAAGGCUUCCCCUAAGAAAAAGAAGGCUCCGAAGGGGGAGGAUGCGGAGGAUUCCGAUGCGAGUGAAGGCUGUUGUAGCCAUUGA